GCUUUGACAUUCAUUCUGUCUUACGUCGAUGCUGUCUUCACGCGUUGAUGACGACUCUGGCUCGACGCUGCGAAGCUGGCUGAGCACUGGCUCUGUGUGUCUAUGGCGACGCGCUGCUGGUCUGGCAUGGUGGCUGGCUUGCACCUGUCUUCUUGGCAUGCUGAUGUGGCAGCUGCCAUGCGUUGUCGCUGACGUGGCUGCUGCCAUGUGUACUACUGGUUGACGAGGCGAAGCUAUGUGAUUUGUGUUGCUGUUCUAAUUAUCGUCAUUCAGGAGGAGAUCGAGACUGUGGAGAGAUCAGGAAUACUUACCUGGUUGUCUUUAUGUCGACAUUGCUCCAGCAUUGAUGAGGGACUGAUUAGACGUGCCACGUGGCACAUUGAGGUUACUUCAGAUACUCGUUCAGACUAUUGACUAUUGAAGUGGUGAUCGAGAAGGGAGCCCGAAGCAGGAGUGGGCCUUGUAUUUAUUUCCUCUCCUUUGUCUAAUCUCCCUCCUCUUUCCUUCGUCUGUGUAUGAUUAUCUUAUCUCAUUCUGUCUGGACACGAUUUUGACUAUUGGUAAUCAUCAGGUGGUUGACAUUCAUCUGGGCUUGCAUUGUUGACGACUGUCUUCACGAUCUGGGUUCAUUGCAAUUUGGUAUCGGAGCAUACUCCUGAUGAUGAUGCGCACCAGGUAAGUGACACGCGCAUGUAUGAUGUGAUGACUACGCGAUCUGACGUGGACAACGGUGAUGAUCGCUGGUGAGGCUGACGUGGAAUGCUGACGUGGAAAAGACUUGCUGGCGAGAAGACUCGAUCCCGACGAGCUUGCUGACGUGGCAGUCGGGAUCCCGACCUGGAGUGACCGUGGACCAGCCAGGAUCGCAAUAUUAAGGUCGCGAUCCCCUGCUGACAUGGCAUACUUUGUGCCACGUCCAGGGACUUUGGCGCUGCAGAUUGCUAACGUGGCAAUCUCACGCGCGACUUGGUCCCGAUGAGGUGCUGACGUGGCCUUGGACGACGAGGCUGACUGCUGACGUGGCAGGGAAGGUUCAUCACACCAGUCUCCUUGACGGGGUGAUCACCUGCUGACGUGGCAUUGGCUCCAUUGGCUGACGCGACAUUGUCUCGAUUGGCUGGUACGGCGACGGUAUCACAACAAGACACGUGGAAGUGGCACGUGCGAAGGACAGAGGACACAUUUACUGACGUGGCAUCCCCACCGCUGGUUGAUUGGAUAUUGAUAUGCCGACGUGGCAGGAUCUGUUGUGUUGGCACUCCAGGGAUGACACGUGGCAGGCAGGUGUCUGCAAAACAAUUACCGAUCUGGUCAAAGGAAAGAAUCAGGUGAUAGAAGAAGUCAAAGUAGAGAAGGAAGAAAAAACAAAGAAACUAAUGGGAGAUGCCAUCAAGUCUCUUAAGGUAGAGACUGGGAAACCAGAAGGGAAGAAAGUGGAGCCGUCGAGUCCGCCGAAGUCUCCCAGAGGAAGCAAAGUCACCACCACACAACCUGAGAAACCAAAGAAGAAGGAGAAGGUAAAAAUGAAAUUGCCUUUUAAGUUUGAAAAUUUAUUGUUGUGGAUUGCUGAGAUACAAACGUACUGUAGUACGGCCCCUGUUGAACCCGAAUCCCAGGUUGCUUUCUCUACAUCUUGUCUCAGGGGGGAAGCGAAGGAAUGGGUUAUGGCUGAAGCAAACGCAACGGGGUUCGAUGACAUUGGGGAGUGCGUUGGAACAUUGAACCUUAAGCAGUUCCUUGGCAAGAUCAAGGAACGCUUCUUGGACAAAACGACGAUCGAUAAGGCCUUUGACCAGCUCACCACAAUAGGUCAGAAACAUUGGACCUCUGUGGAAUCACUGUUAAGGGAAGUUGAUCGGUUGUUGCAGGUUCCUAGACUAAACCUGCAAGACAACCAAGUCUUGUAUAUCUAUUCCCGCGCUCUGCCCGAGCCCAUUCAUGGACAACUCAUGGCAGAAUCGAAAUCUGGUACAGGUAAGCGGAUACUUUGGCGCCAAAAGCGUCAGGACCACACCCUCAUCGUCUUUGACGACGAUACUGUGGAGAAGUGGCCAUUGGAGGCCGAGGGUGUGGCAAGCAACAUUGAUUCCGGGAAGGGGGAAGUCACUGCUGUCGUGGUCAACAAGGGAGGACCACGACCGCCAGUAAAGAAGAAGAAGCCACGCUCGUUCCCAGAGCAGCCCGGGAUUGCGGUCGGGAGGCCAUGGGAAAAGAUGGGCCUGUCACAGGAAACAUGGCAGGAAAGAAUGGAUAAUGCACAGUGUCUGAAGUGUGGUACCGCAGGGCAUGCGAUUGCAUGGUGCCCACUUAUCCGAAAGAUUCUUAAGGCAAGCGUCCUGUCCAUGCAGGCGUACAUGAAGAGCAAGAUGGACGCCAUGCAGGACACCCUAGACCAGAUUUUGCAGGCCCUACAAAGGCUAGGGAUCCGGACAGCAGCUUUGCCAUUGCUUCCAUUAUCAGCAAUGACAGGCCCCUAUGUCGUUCAGUCUGGACAACAACCAAGUGGUACAUUGGCAGCAACUCUAUCUCAGACUGUUGCUUCUUCAUCUUCUGGUCCAGCGACUGGAGCUACAUCACAGUCGCCACCUGUCCCGCCUGCGGGACAACAAUUACCUUGGUACCCCAAGAUCCCCCUGAAACCACCUCCAACCUUCUCAGGAGACAAGAAGGAUGAGGCUCUCGACACGUGGUUGAGAACGGUGCCAGUGUGGGUGAGGGCAAAGAGGACAUUGGUAGAGGAGGAAGUGAUUACUAUUGCAUCCUACUUAGAGGGUUCAGCAGCUCGCUGGCUAAAUGGAUUGGUAGCUUCAAAGGGUUUCGGCAGGAACAUGGGUGAUUGGGCUCAGACCCACACCCUAGAAAGCUUUAUGGAUUUAGUGGAGGCUCGGUGGCACAACCCUCAGCAGGGGCAAAUUGCCACUGAUGGGCUAUUGAAACUUGACUCUAGGAAGUACAAGUCCGUGAGAGAGCUGACCACAACCGUAGAGCGGUUGAUUGUCAUACCGGGAGUGGAGUACGAUCCACAGGUCUUGUUGACCAUGUUCUUGAGAUGUCUUCCCACAGACAUCAAGAACUUAUUAGCCAGUGAGGCUCGUCUAGAGUAUCACACUUUUGAGACAUUCAGCAAAAAGGCCCUAGAUUUAGAGGUUACGCUGGCCUUAGAGGACCUUCAGGGUGAGUGGUCGGCAAGGGACCCUCGUGAGUCCUGGGUGGCACUAAGUAGAGGUCCUAGAGGGGAGCACUUUGUUGUGGAAGCUGGUGUGGGUGGUCGCAAGUGCGGCGCCUUUGUAGACAUCGGCUCCACGCGAAGCUUCAUAAGUCGCGACUGCGUUGAUAGACUGCACCUAAAGGACCGGGUGAAGUGCCUUAGUAGACCGGUAGCAUCUACUUUGGCCAACAAAGAGCGCAUGAUGGUGGAGGACUAUGUUAAAGAUGUGAUCUGCACGUUCUCCUACCCAGGAGGAGAGAUAAACCAUAAGAUAUCAUUGCUGGUGAGCGACAAUUUGCCCUUUGAUAUGUUGUUGGGCAUGUACUACCUCGAGGCUGCCAGGCCCCAGUUUGAAUGGGACAAGAAGGUUUUGAAGCAUGAGUUGCCUAAUGGGAGGACCGUUAGACUAGCUAGGUAUAAAGCCAGUAGGUUAAUAGACUCCUAUGGGUGCUUAUGCGCAUCAGCCUUCUAUAACUAUUAUAAACAGAACCAAGAGGAAGGAAUGUACUUAGUCUAUGUCUCUGCAAAAGGGGAGGCUGUUAAAAGACCCCCAGAGAUAGAGACAAUCGUCGCUAAGUACCCUGAUCUGCUUGAGGAGCCUACAGAAGUCGUAGACAAGGAGGUUGUCCAUGAGAUCAUCCCAGGUAGCAAGACACCUAAGGGAAGAAUCUAUAGGAUGGCUCUGGUCGAGUUGGACGAGCUUCGGGGACAACUGAAAGAGCUCACAGAAAAGUGUUAUAGAGGCCUCAAUGCCAUCACCGUUAAGAACGCAGAGCCUCUACCACGCAUCGACGACCUAUUGGAUAGGGUGCAGGGGUAUUACCUAGGUGCGCUGAUCUAUGAGUUUGGCUUGUCUGAGGACGUUACUCGAUCUUUGAGGGAAACCUACAAGGAAGAUCCCAUCACGAUGGACAUCAUCAACAAACUGCAAGCCAAAGACAAGGCCACCUCUGACGAGUUUGUGAUGGUGGAUGGGUUACUCUUUCUUGAAAAGGCAGGGUUUAAAAGGCAUCCAUUCUGACCCUGUUCAUUCCCUACUUCUUUCCUAUUCCUCUUACCUUUUUUGCUGAUGAAGAAGAAGGAAGAUAAGAACAUGUGAAAACAAAAGCACAAAUUGAGG